AUGAAAUUAGACAACGAUUUUUUGAAAAUACAAACUUAUGCUAAUCAACUUUUUGAUUCACUUCCAGUCAUAAAAGAAUAUAAAAAUGAUAAAGAUCUUAUUACUUAACUACAAUACUCUUGUGUAUGUUAUGGUAGAAAAUUAGUUUCUCUAUUUGAUAAAUAUACAGUACUCUAAAAGAAACAUUAAGAAGGAUCAAAUCAAUUACUCAUUAAUUUGGCAUCUCUCUUAAAUGUUACUCCAAAUGAACAAACUAUUACUAACACAUUAAAAUAAUAAAUCAAACUUAAUGAAUAAUUGUAAUCUAAAAUUGAAUAUCUCAAAUAAUCCUAACAGGAUGUGGUCUAUUAAAAAAUGUUACAACAUGAAUAAAAAUUAACAUAAGAAUUAUAAGAAGUCGCUGAUCGUUUAAUUAAAGAAUUAAAAUAAUCAAAAGAUGACAAAUAAAUAUUGCUUGAUGAAUUACAAAUGAAAGAAGAAUAAUUAAAAUUAUUACAAUAAUCUUCCUAAUUAAGAUCUCCUAUCAAAUAAUAAUAUAAUAGUGCAUAAAAAUAUUCAAGUGCUACUAAAUAUUCCAGCUCAAAUAAAUAACCUCGCUUUUAAUAAUAAUUAAUUAAUACACUCUAAGCCUUAUCUUAAUAAACCAAAUCCUUUCUUUCACAAUAUGUAAAUCAAUAAGAAUCUAACUAUGAUUAUGAUCAAUUAAUGACUGAUGAUGUUUAGAUGUUAUCUUUGAAUGUUUCAAAUAUUAUUCGUGAUUUAACUCAAAUCAUUUAGCAUAAAGAAGAAAUCGUUGAAAACUUAGUAAAAGGUCUUGAAAUUUAAUUAGAAUAAGUUAGAUUAGAAUAGCAAUAAAAUUAAUUGUAAUUAAAUGAUAACAAAUAAUUGUCAUAUCAAUUACAAUAAUUAUAAACAAUUGUAAAAAAAGCUAAAGAUACACGAGCUAAAGAAUUGGAUAGAGCAUUUAAUUCUGAAAUACCAAUAUUCAUUGUUCCUGAUGAUCUAAUGGAUUCAGAAUUACAAUUAACUAUUGAAAAACAUAAUUCUAAAGUUUAAUAAAGAUUGAAUGAUUUAGCUAUUUAAUUAAAAAAGAAAUCAUCAUAAUUUGAACAAAUUUAAUCAUAAAGUACUAAAAUUAAAAUAAUCUUGGAAGAAGGUUUAAAUAGAUUAGCAAUUAUUUUAAAUGAACUUUAAAAUAUGGCUGAUUCAAAUGAAGCAUUAAAAUUACUUAAAUUUUGUAAAAAUGAAAUAGAUUCAAUUCAUGUAAAUUUAAAUGGUAUUGAUAUUGAAUAACAAUUGUCAAUUGAAAUCAAAUAAUAAAGAUAAAAUUAGUUGCAACAAUUAGAUUAAUUAAAAAAGUUUUAUUCAGAGUAAACUGAAAAAUUAAUCUAAGAAAAUGAAUAACUAAAUGAAUAAUUGGCUUAACUUCAAUAAUUAUCUUAAGGAUUACAUAAUGAUGGUGAAUAAUUGACACGUAAACUAAAAUUAGCAUAAUAAGAAUUAUUAUAAUAAAAAGAAGAGAAGGAUAAUCUAAUUUAGGAAUUAGAGUUGACAAUUACAUAGUAAGAUUAAAAUAUCAAACUAUAUGAGUAAUAAGAUAAAAAAUAGAGGUAGACAAUGGAAUAAAUAGAAAAAGAAUUAGAAAACAAAAAAAGAGAAUAUUUGAAUUUACAAUAAUCAAAGUAAAUGGAAUAGUAAGAUAUAAUAGAAAAAUAAAAUGAUAGAAUUUCAGUCCUAGAAUUUGAGAAUAAGACUUAUAAAUAAUAAUUGGAUGUUAUAGAAAAAGAUUUUUAAAAACUAAAAUAAUAACGUUAAACUUAAGAUUAAUUGGCUGAAUAAGAUAAAUAAACCUUAAAAAAAUAAUUAGAUGAAAAAAAAAAAUAAUUAUUGUAAUUAUAAACAGAAAACAAAAAAUAGCAUGAAGAAGCUGUUGUUUAAAUAGAAGAUUUAUAAGAGGAAUUAGCACAUAUAUCAAGUUAAUUAUAAUUAAGAGAGACAGAGAUUAAAUAGUUGCAUAAGACAUUAAGUGAAUUAGAGGAUUUUUCUAGAAAAUAGAUUGAUGUAAUUAGAACUUACGAAGACAAAUUAACAGAGGCUCAUUAAAUAAAAAAAUAAUUAGAAAAUAAUAAUGAAGGAAGUGAUCAAAUGUUGUCUUAGUUAUAAAAUAAAUAUUAAUAAUUAUAAUAAUAAUCUAAUUAGAUGAAACAUGAAAAUGAUAAGUAAAUUAUUUUAUAAGGAUUUUUAGAUUAUUGAAUGAUUUGAGUUUACUGUAGAAAUAAUAUACAAAAUAAACUGAAGCAAUGGAAUAGGAGUUUAAAGAUAAAUUGAAUAAAUAAUCGGAGAUAAACAAAAUUUUAAAGGAGGAAGCAAGAAAUUUAAAGGCUUAAUUGGAAUUGAAGAUUAAUUAAUUAAGAUAAAUGGAACAAGAUUUAUAAGAUAAAAAUAAUGAUUUGGAGUAUAUAUAUAUUAUAAUGAUAUUAGUAAAGCUUAAAAGAUAUGUAAGCAAUUAAAUCUGUAGGUAAACGAAUUUAGAUAGAGAAUUGAAUAUUUUGAAGAAUUUAAAUAAGAAGUAUAUGUAUUUUAAAAUACUAGAAUAUAGAAGCUUCAGAAUAGUAUUAAAAACAAUUAUAAUUGUUGCAAAAUGAGAAUUUUUAGUAUAGAAAAGAGUUGGAUAGAUAAUAAUAGUAAAAUUCUUAACGUCAGAAAAAUAAUAAUAUAUAAGAUUAAUAAAUGAAAGAGGAAAUUAGUAAUUUAAAAUAAGAAGUAAGAAAGAUGGAAUAAUUAUUGAAUCAAGAGAGAUUGAAUUAUGAAUAGGAAAUUAGAAAUUAUUAGAAUUAAAUAGGUGAAUAUACAAAAUUAGAUUUAUCAAUGAGAUAAAAAUCAGGAUAAUCUGGUGGCAGUGCAUUUUAUGAAAAUUUGAUAGAAGCAAAAGAUUUAGAAAUUGCUAGAUUGACAAACAUUGUAAAAUCUUUGACAGAUUUAAGAAAAUGA